CCAUACCAUACAUCUCAACCACCCAAACUUUCGUCAAAAAUCAUCACUUGAAGAGCUUUGCAGCCGUCUCAUACUAUCUGCUGUGUUAUCGGUAUCUUACAGCCACAUUAUUAUCAUUAUUUGGCAUCAGAUACGCGGCAACGACUUAUUCAAGUCACUAUUCGUCUGGGCUACUGCUCGAUACAUCUCACAUCCAUAUCAAAGCACCUCUUUUCUUGUACUCCAACUAUGGACAUAGACUCCUAUAGGUACCGGGUGCCUAAACCCAACUACCUUCCCCAUAUUGCAGACGAGGAUCGUGAUAACUCGGUCGUUGAGGAGUUCUCCAAUCAACCGCUGGGGCUGGCUAGUGAGAUGGACAAUGCUAAAUUCUACAACAAGUGCAAGCGUCUGGCUGAAGAGUCUGGUAUCACAAAACCCAAAGGUUACAAUGUUUCCUUCCACUGCAAUCCGGACAUUGAGAAGCAUCAUUUUGGAGUCACUCAUCCUAUGAAACCUUGGCGAUUAACUCUGUCCAAGAGUCUCAUCUACUCUUACGGAAUGUCAUUCGCAAUGGAUAAUUACAUCUCCAGAGCCGCCACAUAUGAGGAGCUUGCAGAAUUUCAUUCUUCUGACUAUCUAGAUUUCCUUGGUACUGUACUUCCUGAGCCAGUACCUCGGGAUCUCGAGAACCAGGGGGUUGACCUCAAGUUCAACCUUGGUGGUUCUGAUUGUCCCCUCUUUGAUGGCCUCUUCAACUACUGUUCGUUAUCAGCCGGUGGAUCUCUUGACGCGGCCAGGAAGAUUUGUUCUAAGCAGUCUGAUAUCGCCAUUUCCUGGGGUGGCGGUCUUCAUCAUGCCAAGAGGUCUGAAGCGUCUGGAUUUUGUUAUAUCAACGACAUCGUGAUCGCCAUCCUUGAACUCCUUCGAUACUAUCCGCGAGUAUUAUACAUCGACAUCGAUGUGCACCAUGGAGACGGUGUGGAAGAAGCCUUUUUUUCAACGGACAGAGUCAUGACAGUCUCUUUUCACAAAUAUGACCCGAAUAACUUCUUCCCGGGCACUGGCGCUCUCGAUGACAACGGCCCUAAGAGCGAGCAUAAUCCGGGCGCUCACCAUGCUUUCAACGUACCAUUGAACGACGGUAUCACUGAUGAGCAAUACGAUCAUUUAUUUAACACUGUAAUUGGCAAGAUUGUGGAGAAAUUCCGACCGGGUGCAAUCGCUUUGCAAUGCGGUGCGGAUUCUUUGGCCGGCGAUCGUCUGGGCCGCUUCAAUCUCCAAGUUCAGGGUCACGGCGCCUGUGUCAAGUUCUGCAAAGAAAUGGGCAUCCCCAUGAUCCUCUUUGGAGGCGGCGGCUACACUCCCAGGAACGUGGCGAGGGCAUGGACUUACGAGACGAGUAUUGCUAUCAAUGCCCAAGACAAGAUCAACCCCAUUCUUCCAGAGCAUGCCCCAUGGCGUGAUCACUUCCGGCAGGAUACCCUCUUCCCUACUCUGGAACAAAUCCUGGGCGAACCACGAGUGAAUCGGAAUCCCCCGAAGCGACUACAGGAGAUUGUGCAACAUGUUACGGAACAACUCCGGUUUGUGGAAGCAGCACCAAGCGUUCAGCUCCAGACAAUACCGCCAGAUCUUGGUGCCAUUAGAGACGAUGUUGAGGAACGGCUGAAGGAGGAAAACGAAGAGAGACGCGACGAGGUUCGGAAAGCCCGAGAAGCUGCAAUUGGAACCGCCAUGCAGCUUUGAAUCACGGAGUACUUCUCAACGUCACAAUGUUCAUAGUGU